UUCAGAGAGGGGCCGAGGCGUAGGGACCCUGGACGGUCUCUUACCUUUUUUUCUUUUAAAUAUAUCCCGACAAGUUUCAUAACUAGUUUUGUCAACAGUGUCAAGUGAAAGUCCGGUUCAGCGUUUUAUACUGAUAUCGGAUAAUUUGUUGUUUUCUGAGUUUUGGCAGAGGUCGUUCACUGAGCUCUCCGGGGGACUAUUUGGAUUACAGACACAACAGUAAACGUGUGUUGUUCACGGCAGCGUCGUUGUGUUUAAUACAGAGUUCCUCCAAAAAGUUUGGACUGGUGUCAAAGCGCACUUCUUCGCGUGUUUUAGGUAUGCCUGUGGUCAUCAGCGUGUCACCGGACAGGUAACCAGGUGUGUUGCUGCUGUCAUGGCUCUGCCAAUCCUGCAGCUGUUGCCUAUCACUGUGGUCACAGUCCUGGUGGUGCUGGUGUCGUCUUCAGAGGACCAUGAGUGGCACUUUAACCCAGCUCAGUGUCGUUACGCCCUGGGGAUGGAGGAUGGCACCAUCCCAGACUCUGACAUCACUGCCUCCAGCGCCUGGUCAGACUCCACUGAAGCCAAACAUGGACGGUUGAGCACUGGAGAGGGGGAUGGCGCAUGGUGUCCUGCAGGAUCUGUCUUCCCCAGUGGAUCAGAAUACCUUCAGGUGGACCUGCACAAACUCCACUUCUUGGCUCUGGUUGGUACCCAGGGUCGUCAUGCCGAUGGGCACGGCCAGGAGUUUGCCCGCAGUUACCGCCUACGCUACUCCAGAGAUGGAGUGAAAUGGAUCACAUGGAAGGACCGCUGGAGCCAAGAGGUGGUGUCAGGAAAUGAGAACACAUACGAUGUUGUGCUGAAGGACCUCGGCCCUCCCAUCGUGGCCCGCAUGGUGCGCUUUUACCCUCUGGCUGACAGGGUUAUGAGUGUUUGCCUUCGGGUGGAACUCUACGGUUGUGUGUGGAACGAUGGGCUCAAGGCUUAUGCAGCUCCAGUGGGUCAUGUCAUGCACCUGUCUGGCAUGCCUGUCUAUCUAAAUGACUCCACCUAUGAUGGGAGUACAGAACAAGGGAUGCAGUUUGGAGGCCUGGGUCAGCUGUGUGAUGGCGUCCUGGGAGGAGACGACUUCAUAGAAACAAAGGAGCUGAGGGUGUGGCCGGGAUAUGACUACCUGGGCUGGAGCCGAGAAGCUCUUGGGCAAGGCAGUGUAGAUAUCGAGUUCCACUUUGAGAAGCCGCGUCUCUUCAACAACAUGCAGGUGCACAGUAACAACCGUCACACACAAGGAGUCAGGGUUUUCAGCAAGGUGGAGUGUGUUUUUAAGCCUGGCAUCCUCCAGCCCUGGUCCUCUCCUGCCCUCAGCCUGCCUGUACCCCUGGAGGAUCUAAAGGACCCUUCCUCUCGAACCAUCUCCCUCCCACUGGGCGGCCGGCCGGCUCAGAUACUCCGCUGCAAAUUCUACUUCACUGAUCGCUGGCUGCUCAUCAGUGAAAUAUCAUUCCUCUCUGAGCCUUUUGAUGAGGAUGUUACAGAAACACAGUCAUUUCCUCCUGAUCUCCCCAAGAUUCCCAAAACCAGUUCCUCUGCUCCUCGUGUCAACCACACCUCCUCCUCUCCAACAUCGAGCCACAGUACCUCCAACGCCACGUCCAAUGCCUCUGAACCAUCCACCACCACCACCUUCAUGAUGGACACCACUGGUAACUGGACACUGUCAGGAUCAGAUGCUACUGGUUUGACUCCAAGGGCAGGUCUUCCUGUAGCCAAGGAUGACAGCAGCAAUACUGCUAUUCUGAUUGGCUGCCUGGUGGGAAUCAUCCUUCUGCUGCUGGCGGUCAUAGCUGUAAUCCUGUGGAGGCAGUACUGGAAAAAGAUAUUGGGGAAGGCUCAGGGUAGCCUGUCCAGUGAUGAGCUGCGGGUUCACCUGUCAGUCCCAUCAGACAACGUGGUCAUCAACAACACACACAGCUACUCAAGCCGCUACCAACGCAUCCACACGUUCCCCGACGACCGCGACCAUGACAGGGAGGGAGAAGGAGAGUACCAGGAGCCCAGCGCUUUGCUCCGGCCAAGGGAUCAGCGAGACAGCACAGCCUUGCUGUUAAACAACCCAGCCUAUCACCUGCUCCUGUCAGAUCACAGAAAAGACUCCAGCAACAAUCAGGCUCAGGAAAAGAGCCUCAAUGUGCCCCAGGCCUGUGGCUUGGACAUGGACAUGGAGAAGGGUUUCCCCCCAACACAAGAUGAGCCUCCCCCUUACCCUGGCUCCCCUCCUUACCCCUCCCUGUCUCCCCCCGUGUCUCCUCCACUGCCUCCCAGCGUCCCCCACUAUGCUGAGGCAGACAUUGUGAGCCUGCAGGGUGUCAGCGGAAACAACACUUACGCUGUACCAGCCUUGGCGUCUUCGAGCCCUGGGGCUGAUGCCUCCCCGCUGCCAGAGCUGCCUCGACAGUUUCUCAUCUUCAAGGAGAAACUGGGAGAAGGACAGUUUGGCGAGGUGCACCUGUGUGAAAUCGAGAACCCUCAGGACCUUCCCAACCUGGAGUUCCCCUUCAAUGUGAGAAAAGGUCGCCCUCUGCUGGUAGCAGUGAAGAUACUGCGCCCAGACGCCUCCAAGAACGCCAGAAAUGACUUCCUGAAAGAGGUAAAGAUUCUGUCUCGCCUGAAAGACCCGAACAUCAUCCGACUGCUGGGAGUGUGUGUCAGCAGCGACCCGCUCUGCAUGGUCACAGAGUACAUGGAGUGUGGAGACUUGAACCAGUACUUGUCCCACCGAGUGCUUCUGGACAAGUCUGGGCCUUCACACAACACACCAACCAUCAGCUACCCGGCUCUCAUCUCCAUGGCCAGCCAGAUUGCAUCAGGAAUGAAGUUCCUUUCUUCUCUCAACUUUGUCCACCGGGAUCUGGCCACACGUAACUGCCUGGUUGGGGGUGAGCGGGGUGAGAGCGGAGGGGAUCCGAGCGGCGAGCGUCAUAUUAAGAUAGCUGACUUUGGCAUGAGCAGGAAUCUGUAUGCUGGAGACUACUACAGGAUCCAAGGCAGAGCUGUGCUGCCAAUACGCUGGAUGGCCUGGGAGUGUAUACUCAUGGGAAAAUUCACCACAGCCAGUGAUGUGUGGGCGUUUGGAGUCACUCUGUGGGAGAUGCUGAGCGUUUGUCAGGAGCAGCCGUACUCAAACCUGACAGAUGAACAAGUCAUCGACAACGCUGGGGAGUUCUUCAGAGACCAGGGCCGACAGGUGUAUCUGAGCAAGCCGGCUGUGUGUCCUCAGGGUCUCUAUGAGCUCAUGUUGAGCUGCUGGAACAGAGACUGCAAGCUCCGCCCAUCCUUUGGCUACAUCCACUCCUUUCUCACCGAGGACGCCAUGAACAUGGUGUAAAGAUGCAAAGAGAAGAAUCACAGA